CAGAGGGUCUAGAGUUCGCGCAAACCUUAUUCCCUCCGACCUCCCCAGCACGUGUCCACGUGUCCAUGCACGCGAUACCAACCCUGGAGUUACGUAAGUUCCUAUUAUGCCUGCUCCUGUCGUCUGCCAUCUCAUCCCUGAAUUCUGGGACUCUCCAGAUUGUUUAAGACUUGAUCUACUCCUGCCAGUGGCACGUGUGGGGCUGUGGCCUUGUGACCCAGAGUUCCUGCUGCCCACAGUAUCCACUGCCCACCCCAGGGCGGCCGGCCGCUGCCCAGGGCCUCCCAGUACCACUCAGCUCCAUAAAGCCUGUGUCAGGGUCCCAGGAUAUGGGGUGUGUGGGUCUCAUGCUGCCAGAGGGGCACUGCCCAGCCACAACGCUGGGGUGGCUCCACCCAGCCUCUUCCUCCUGCCGUCUGCGCUGACUCACCACCCGAGCCAGGGCUCCUGCCCCAGAGCCCAGCCAGGCAUCAAAGGCAUCUAUAAAAGCAGACUGGUUCAGGCCCCAGCAUCCUGCUUGAUCACCACCUGUCGCCGCGCAAUGUUGGGAGGCCUGGGGAAGCUUGCCGCCGAGGGUCUGGCCCACCGCACCGAGAAGGCCACCGAGGAAGCUGUUGAUGUCGUGGAGGGAGUGGUGAAGGAGGUGGUGGAGCCUGCCAAGGAGGCUGGAGAGAACGGUUUCAGUCUGACUGACUAUGUGGCAGGCAUGUGCUGGGACAUGGGGUGACCACAGGGAGGAGCAAGAAUCCCAUCUUAAAGCCGCAGCAACAGCAGGGCCUAUAAACGCACUAAGUUACUUGUGAUGGAAGGAUGGAUGAGAUGCUGGCAGGCAGAGAGGACUUUCAGGAAAAGCCACUGAGAUGUGAUACUCAAGCAGGGAGUGGGUGUGGGUAUUCCAGAAGGAGGGACCAGAACUAAGACACAUGGUUCUGGGAAAGAGGAAGGUUCUUUGAGGAGAGUUACCCAGAGUGGCAAAAGCAUCUUUUCUCCUUCAAGACAAAACCCUUAACAUUCCCCCAUGUUGCAAGAUAGUCUUAAAUUAUUUCCCAUGACUGAAUAUUUCAUAAGAAGACAUAUUAUCACUUAGC